AUGGCCACCAACGCGCCAACAUCCUCGGUCGCGCCAGUGGUUGCAGCCACUGCGCCUGCGGAUCAGCCGUCCAGAGCACCCACCGAUCCCGAAGACGGCGAUGAAUCGGAGUGGGAAUACGAAUACUCGACCACUGAGACUGAGACAUACUACCUCACUGUCGACCUCUCGAUCCCCCAGCUCCUGCGGCGAAAGCGAAACACGCCGGUUUCUGGUCGUGGAGGAUACCACUACAAGCACUGGGCUGGCCCUCACCGGAAACCCGACGAGCCAAAACACCACCGCAUCCUCUCAGAUGAUGAGAACGAUGACAAGCCCACGGCCGAGCCCGAAGAAGACGAAGACAUAGACCAAGGUCAGGUUGAACCGAACACGGACGGUUUCGAUGCCGACUUUGAGUCUGACCCGGCGGCCGACAUACAGAUUCUGGACCUGCACUCGGACAAGCCCAUGUUCGCAUACAAGGGGAAGGUUUUCGAGGGGCAGUGGGCGCGCAACCUAGGCACAGAGGUCAUAUUCACAGAACACGACGAUCAAGACCCUCUCCCUGCCCUUCGACAUCUCCCGGGCGGUGUGGACAUGCUCGCGGCCAGCUGGUCGCGCAUCAAUACGACGGAGAGGCGACUGGAACCGAAGCAUGAGGCGGCAGCCAAGGACGACCCCUUGAAGGAGAUCAGGAGGCAACAUGGAAUACAUAUCCCCAUCACAGCAGACAAGACAGGCGAGCGAAAGCGACAAACCAGGUUUCUGGAGAACCUCAUGGCGCUGAAAGUCAAAAGGGGCGAAAAGGACGAAGUGACGGUGUAUGCGCACGCGGCUCGGAAGGCGGUCAACGAGGGCACGAACAGUCGAAGGAAAAGACGAAAAUCGUUGCCAGAAGGCCAAUCAAGGAAACGUCGGGGCCGCGGCGGCGGCGUCCGCAGGAGAGGCGGCCCGUUGGCAAUGGAGGUUGGUUUCGAAAGCAAAGCAGAGCCAGGCGACUCAGCCGAGGCAGCGGGCCCUCGAGACGGAACCUUGUCUACGCCAACGCCGACGACAUGGGCAGACCUGGGUGGACGGAGCGAAACCGUGGACACGGUCGCGGGCCCAAACGACGAGGAUGAUGGAAGCGAGGACGAUAGCGAGGAAUACGAUGGUGGGGACCUGGAAUAG